AUGGCACGAAAACCCAAGGGUCCAACUCCUCCACCAUCAGACAAUGACGAUAAUGAAGAAGCAGAAUCUCAACAAGUGUUUCGAAAAGGUAAUACUCCACCUCGUUCUCCUACUCCAACUGAAGAAGUUAAGAUUCCAACCCCACCUCCAUCACCAAAACGAUCACCUCCACAAACAGAAGAAGUUAAAAUUCCAACUCCACCUCCUUCCCCAAAACAAACACCUUCGAAACAGACACCUCCAACACCGACACCGAAAGUCCCAGUUUUGGUUGUUCCCACUACUACAACAGAAACUUCUCUACCACUUCCACCAGUUUCUUUUGGCUCUAUUUCCAUAACACCUUUAUCAACUCCAAUCAUUACCCCAGUCACAACCACUACAAUCCCUGAACAAACAGCAAGGGUCAACGUAUUUGAUACGGGGGCACCUACUGCAACAGAAACCCCUGUCAUCACUAAAACUCUCUCACCAACCCACUCACCCGACUCAGGUGCUACUCUAGGAGGCGACAAUGAUGAGUAUGACUCCACAUACUUUAGUCCUUAUCGGUUACAUUCUGAUGAAGACACUGAAGCUCCUAUCAACCGCUAA